GGUUUCUACUCGAGUAGAUGUGCUGUGACUGCAAGCAAUGGGGUCCUGCACUCCGUUUUUUAUCGAUAACCUUUUACUGGUGGUGUCUGAUACCUUGUCCUCUGCGGGGACCCCGGAGCCCGGGAGAGAAAAAGAAAAAGGACCUGGCUUUGACUGAUAAAUGGCAGCUUUCCAUGUGUUCAACCCAUAAGAUUCCCUACGUAUCUUCCUCCUUGCUUAAAACUGCUCAGUUUUAGUAGUCUGUAGAGUAUGAUAUAUCAUUGAAAACCAGUCCAAUACCUGUAUGCCGGAGAACAGCAAACUAGUCUAUAACAUUGUUGAAAUGUGGAGAGGAGGAGCGCACCAAGGGACAAUACACGUUUUGGGGAGAAAAACCUGGUUACUCGAGCAUCACGAGGCCUAUACCGUCGAGAUCAUUACAGCGUUAUUUAUAACUGGCUUCAAAAAUUAUGAUAUCUCCACACAUUCUCCUACGAUUCCCGUGAAGCUUUCUAAAGUCCGAGUGAAACAAAGAUGGCCCGAAUCAUUGUAUUGAUUGAGACUGCCAGUACUCGAGUACUGACCGUUAUGCCAGGAUUAAUAAAGCUUUUGGCGUCGCGGCUCUUACUCGUUCCCCCCCUCACCCAAGACAUUUGAUGCAUCGGCGGAAGGCGACCAACCCCCGUCCAAUACCGAUACUCUCCUCACAGAAAAACAUCUCAUCCUGUCCCUCCACCCCCAUAUCCUACCAAAAAGCUUCAGCCCGAACCCCAGCUCCAGACCAAGCAGCAGCGAAAAGAGUACCGACCUCUUCACCCCCCGUUUACCCCCACACACGCAUUUCAGUAGCCUAUCUUUUUAUCGCUCUCGUCCGUCCAGUCUCGAUUCCCCUUUCUCUUGGUUCGCAUUUCUCAUGACAAGCACAACAGCCGAUCGUCUCCAGCUCCUCCAAGAACACAUCCGACUCUCUCUCAUAGAACGCAAACGAGCUCUCUCCCUCAGGGCGGAGCCAGAUACUCGGAAUACACAUGAAAUAUCACGUAGUCUCGAUACUUUGCAUCUUGGUAUCGAGCAGUUAGAGAAGGAACAGCAGCAGCUCGAGGUUGCCGGGGAUUUAUCAUCUCAAGGCCUGAGGGAAAGGGAGGAUGUUCUGAUCAGGCUCCGCUCACAAUACGAUGAUCUACACGCGCAAUUCACAUCGACAGACGCCGUGCCGUCGGGUCCCUUAGACCUAUCCUUCCGACCCUCCUCGUCCGUGAUAGCCCCUGGACGACGUAGUGAGAACCCCAUAGACGAACAUGAAGCCCGGGAAGCCCUUAUGGGGAGCCGUGAGACACCUGGUGCCUUGCGAAAGGGUAAUAAAACGGUUCGGUUUUCCGAUACGUUAGUGAACACGGAUGAGUUGGACAAUCACCAAGUGUUGCAACUGCACCGAAGGGUCUUGGAUGAACAGGAUGAGAGCUUGGACCGAUUGUCAGAGAGCAUACGAAACCAGCGGGAACUCAGCAUUCAGAUAGGCGAUGAACUCGACGGUCACGUGCAAUUGUUGGACGAGUGUGGCCCAGACGGCAAAGGACCACGGAAGUCUGGUCGUCAUUGCUAUCCUCAUUAUUACCUUGAUCCUACUCAUUGUUGCAAUCAAAUAAUAAAACCCCGCUCAUGAUCAAAUCCUUACUCUAUUUUUAUUUUUAUUUAUUUUAUUUUCCUAGUCAUUGGAGUUUCGGGCGGAUGGUCUAUCGUGGGAAUUAUGGGAAUCAACUCGAAUUGGAUAAUGGAUUCGAGAAAGCCCAAUAAAUAUAUUCACUAGUCAGUGAUGUUUUCAUAAUCUGUAACUUUUCCUCUUUUUUUUCUCUUCUCAUCACCUUCUGUCACCUAGCCUACACCAACUUUAUUUCUACCUUUCUCCGGGGGGUUUCUUUCUUCUUCUUUCUUUGCAGCCUAUUGCCAGUAUAAAUGUUUCCUUCGUCUUCUUCCAUAGUCUGUAGAUUCCGAUAAAAUCAAAGCUUAAACACGUCAUGCGUGUCAAACAAA